AACAACGCCUGCCACUGUUUUCUGCUUGUGUCUUUCCAAGUUUGAACGACUCUGGGACAACAAGAAGCACUGGUUAGCGUAAGGCCUGUUUACAUUUGACAUCUGACACAGCAGGGCACCAUGCCGGCGAAGUACUCCCAUGUGAAGAAGCGGCCCGCUGCCUCUAAGAAAACGAAUAGCAGCAGUGGAAGCCACGCUCACACCAAUGCGGAACCUCACCAACCCAACCCGCAAGUGGACAAAAGCCUCUACAAGGCUACACCCGCUGAAUCGCAGUUGGAGCGGACAAUUGCGCGUAUCAUCCUCAUUCGCUUCGAGCAAGAUAUCAUACGGCUCUUCUCCACGCACCUCUCCUGCGUCGCGCUCCUCCACCUCCCUACCUUCGUCCUGCGCUGCGUGACCGUCGGAGGCCCGAGCUGGGUAGCAGCGAACGCCGACUCGGACGAAAUCAAGGACUUCUUCCGCGGCGCAAUAGCCAUGGAUAUGCGCCAGGCCGGAGACCGCGUCGCGACGAAGAGCGUGCUCUGGACAUACACCGCGUUGCGGCACUUCGCGAAGUCGAACGGGAUACCUAUCUGCCAGCGGCGCGGGUUGCACUCGCAUCACCUGCUCCCGCACUACGCGGCGCUCAAGGCGCACCUCGACACGCUCGAGGCCCAGCACCCCCCGCCGUUCGCGAAGCCGCCGCACCUUGGCCCCAUGUCCGAGGGCAUCCGCGCGCUUGAGGAAACGUGCGAGACCAAGUACGGCAAGGGCCUGGACUGGCGGCUGCGCGUGCGGGAGGGGUACGACCGCGCGUGCGCGACGCUCUGGGACGUCGCGCGCGAGUUCGACGUGCACGGGUACGGGCUCGUCCUCCGCGAGAAGCUCACGUCCCACUGGUGCGACUGCGGGUGCUCGACGGACCAUCUCGGCGAGGUGUGCGAGAAGACGGUCCGGAUGGAGGAAGAGGAGAGCGGCGUGCGCCCUGGCAAGGAACGGGAGUGGGACGGCCGUGGUUCUGGGGUGACUGGGUGGGGCACGGAGGAGGAAGAAAAUAUGUGGGAGGUCGACUUCGACUACGUCAACUCGGACUCGGAGAAGAAGCACGACCCAGCAGAGUGCGACAUGACCGUCGCAGAGCUCAUCGAAUGGCGCUAUCUCCGCGCUGAGCGAGAGAAAGAGCAGGGUAACAUAGCGUUCAAGAAGGGCGAGUUCGCGGGAGCCAUCGAGCGAUACAGGAACGCGUAUCGCAUCGAGCCCGAGCUGCCGCGCUAUCAGCUCAAUAUUGCCGCGGCGUGCUUGAAAAUGAACGACUAUGUUGAGGCGGAAAAGGCUUGCGAUCUGGCGCUUGGCCAGCAUCGGAGUGUCAAGGGCUACUGGCGGCGGGCGCAGGCCAGGAAGGCCCAGGGACGAAUAGAGGACGCUCUGAAAGACUUGCGUGCCGUCCUCCGUCUUCAACCCUCGAAUGCGGAGGCGAUCGCAGAGAUCAUACACCUCUGUCCCCCAGACCCCCUCGCGGAGCACGAGCCUGAUGCGUCCGCAUCGAUAGCAUCGAGCUCGUCGCAACCCUCAUCGUCCUCAUCAUCAUCAAAACAGCCUGCAGCACCAAGCGCGUAUUCGACUUGGAUCCCUGCGGUCAAAUCGCCCAAACCGCUUCCAUUCCCGCGAACCAAGACAGACGACCGCAAGCUCAAGGUCUCGUCGCUCCCGAUCACGGUCGACAUCCCCGACAACUUGCCGUUCUUCUCGAGUGACAGCGGGGUGGAAAGCAAGAACAAGCGGCCGCCGUCCUCGUCCUUCUCUGGCUAUACGAUCCCCCACACGUUCUCGUACCCGUGCUGGGAGCGCUACAUGGUGUCGAAGAUCUCGGACUAGCCGCAAGAUCAUAUGCUGUCCAGUGGCCCCCGCGCCACGUCUUCCAGUCGUCCACGUUCGCGACACGAGCGCGGUGCCCGGUGCGAGCGCCAUGCGUUCGAUCGUGCUGUCGCACUUGUGAUAUAUCCUGCCUCGCUGACGCGCUAGCACUCUCUAGCUGCUUCCGCACCCCGCCUCCUCGUUUUGCCCCGCUGUACUAGUACUACUUACCGCGUCGCCGUUACGCUAUCCUGCUCGCCCUCUCUGUCGCUCCCUUCUUGCCAUUCUUGUCCCGGAGCAGACGGCACAAUCGAUAUAUCAUGCUUCCAUGCUACUAGCGGGUAAAGCGGUAUAAUCACGACGUGCAUUCGCCGGGCAGAACACGAUUAAGAAGCCA